CUGGCCAAUCACUGAUCUGAAACGUCGUGAAGGAGGCGUGAGGCCUAGUUCUCCUGUAUGCAACCAGCUAGCUAAAGCUCUAAAAGAUAAUCGAUCGUGUGUGGAUUUUAUAAAACGUGAAACAUCGAUUGAGUAAAACAAAGAAAAGGAACAUAUUUUGCUGCAGGAGUUCUACCUGCCACCAUGUCGCUGGAAGCACCAGACAUGGGCCAAGAUCCUGCACCAGACAUGGGCCAAGAUCCUGCACCAGACAUGUCCCCAGAACUAGCUGCAGAUUCCGCUCCAGCCCCAGAAUUAGCCCCUGAGCUAACACCAGAUACAGCCCCAGAAUUAGCUGCAGAUUCAGCUCCGGUCCCAGUAAUGAAUCCAGGUUGUAAGAUCAUGACAUUCCGGCCCACCAUGGAGGAAUUCAAGGACUUUGCCAAAUACGUUGCCUACAUGGAGACUCAAGGAGCACACCGCGCAGGCCUGGCGAAGGUGAUUCCCCCCAAGGGCUGGAAGCCACGGAAGUCAUAUGACGUCAUUGAGGAGAUGACGAUCCCUGCUCCCAUCAUGCAGGUGGUGACGGGCCAGUCAGGCCUCUUUACCCAGUACAACAUCCAGAAGAAGUCCAUGACUGUGGGGGAGUACCGCCAACUGGCCAACAGCAGAAAGUACUGUACUCCCCGACACAAGGACUUUGAUGACCUGGAGAGGAAGUACUGGAAGAACCUCACCUUUGUGUCUCCAAUCUACGGGGCUGACGUCAGCGGCUCCAUCUAUGACUCUGAGAUCAGUGAGUGGAACAUCGGACACCUGAACACGCUGCUGGAUAUGGUGGAGCAGGAGUGUGGCAUCGUGAUCGAGGGGGUGAACACUCCCUACCUGUACUUUGGCAUGUGGAAGACUACCUUCGCCUGGCACACAGAGGACAUGGAUCUCUACAGUAUCAACUACCUCCACUUUGGAGAGCCCAAGUCCUGGUAUGCCAUCCCACCUGAGCACGGGAAAAGGCUGGAGAGGCUGGCUCAAGGUUUCUUCCCAGGCAGUUCCCAGGGCUGUGACGCCUUUCUCCGCCACAAGAUGACUCUCAUCUCCCCGUCCAUACUGAAGAAGUACAGCAUCCCCUUCGACAGGAUCACUCAGGAAGAAGGCGAGUUUAUGGUCACCUUUCCUUAUGGCUAUCAUGCCGGAUUCAACCACGGCUUCAACUGCGCCGAGUCCACCAACUUUGCCACCCUGCGUUGGAUUGACUACGGCAAGAUGGCAACACAGUGUACAUGUCGUAAGGACAUGGUGAAGAUCUCCAUGGACGUGUUUGUCCGCUGCCUGCAGCCGGAGCGCUACGUCCAGUGGAAACAGGGCAAGGACGGCAUGGUGCUGGACCACCAGCGACCCACCACCCUGACCAGCCCUGAGCUGGAGCACUGGAGGGCCAACCGGGUCACCUACCGCCAGAAACUGCUUCAGAGAGCUUUACAGAAGAAGGAGCAGCUGCGGCGGCUGAAACUGGAGGAGGUCAAGGUUCUGGCGGAGGAAGGCAUCGAGAUGGAUGCCGCCGAGUACCAGCGUCAGGUGGAGGAGCGAGAGGCGCAGCGGCGCCAGGAGAGGGAGGAGAGGAUGGCCCGGGAGGCGUUUCAGACCCUGGAGGCCAUGGAGAGAGAGGACCAGGAGAGGGAAGAACGGGAGAGGCAGGACCGAGAGAGGCAGGAAGCCGUUGCCGCCAAGGCCACAAGAGUACACGACCCCCAGGCAGACCCACAGCACUUGACGGUGAAUGGAGAGAAGAAAAAGAAGAAGAAGAAGAAGAAGAAGAAGCAACAACAACCUACCCUGCCGCUGGCCCCUAUAAAUUCCUUCCAAGCAGCGUUUGAGAAGUUUGCCACAUUCAACAUGCCCCAGACACCAAAGGAGCCCCAAGGCAGCAAUGACACGGAAAUAGCAGCAGAGGGCAGGCUUGAUGUGAAAGGCAUGCAGCAGCAGUCAUCGUACUAUUCUAAGCAGUUGAAGAUUAAGAUGGAGGUGAAGAAGAGUCGCCGGCAUCCCCUCAGCAAGCCGCCUAUGCGCUCUCCGCUAUCCAUCGUCAAGCAGGAAAUGUCCAGCGAUGAAGAGCUGUUCUCCCCUUUGCCACUGGAUGGCCAUGUGAAGAAGGCGGGCCACUUGUGGCAGAACCGCACUCCUAACAUCCUGGCUGAGAAGAGUUUCAACGCAGCCGUGGCCACCCUGGAACCCUACUGUGCCGUAUGCACUCUGUUCUGCCCAUACACCCAGCCCCAGAAGGACUCUCUGUACCUGUCUGACAGCCCCAGUGCCCCCAACCACCCCCACACUCCCGGCUGCGGCAGCCGCACCCACCCGCUGGUCCCAGAGAUGUGCUUCAGCGCCGGGCCGGACAACACGGAGCCGCUGCCCUCCAACUCCCACACGGGAGAAGACUGCACCAGCCCGCUGAUCUCCUGCUCCUUCUGCAACCUGCAGGUCCACUCCAGUUGUUAUGGUGUUAGUCUGGACACGGUACACAAUCAGUCCUGGAUGUGUUCGCGAUGUACAGCGCUCGCCUGGACAGCGGACUGCUGUCUGUGUAACUUACGGGGAGGGGCUCUGAAGAUGACCACAGACAACCGGUGGGUCCAUGUGAUUUGUGCCAUCGCCGUGGCGGAGGCUCGCUUCGUCAACGCCAUCGCAAGGGAGCCGGUGGACAUCAGCGCCAUCCCCGAUAGCAGGAAGAGUCUGAAGUGUGUAUACUGCCACAAGAACACCAAGCAGAUCUGUGGGGCGUGUAUCCAGUGUUCCCAGGACAACUGCUCCACCUCCUUCCACGUCACCUGUGCCCACAUCGCCGGUGUGCUCAUGAAGCCAGCCGAUUGGCCCUACGUGGUGUCUGUCACCUGCCACAAGCAUAAGAAGACCAAUCACAAGGCAAGGGUGGGGCCAAGGGGGGAGUUUUCUCUUGGUCAGAAGGUAAUUGGCCGGAACAUCGAUGGCUGGUUCUACCCCUGCACCAUCAUUGGCAUGACCUCACAAACCUUCUACGAGGUCAACUACGAAGACGGCUCCUACUGUGACAACAUCUUCCCCGAGAACAUUGUGAGUCACGACUGUCUUCGUAACGGUCCCCCAGAGACCGGCGAGCUGAUGUUGGUCCACAACAUGGAGGGCCAGGCGCUCAACGCCUCCUACGUCAAGGAUCACGUGCACAAGUACUACCAGGUGGAGUUCCAAGAUGAGUCCCAGCUGUUACUGAAGCAAACAGAGAUCCAUUCGCUGGAGCAGGACCUGCCCAAGAGGGUCUGCACUCGCCUGGCAAUACCAACCCAGGAAGCCCUUCUGUCAGGAGACGAACCACAGGCAGCCAAGAGGCCUCGCCUCCCCGCCCCUCACCCCACACCUCAAGCCCCCAUGGACCCCGGAUGCCAACCCCCAGCUACAGGCCCUGUACCUCACAGUAUUACACCUCACACACCUAGCCAUGCUCCUGGUCCCUCCAACACUGAUAUCAGCGCCCUUACCCUCACCCAGGCUUUGGCAAUACCCAUCUCCGAGCCCACCCUCACCCCAAUGCCAACUCUCACUGAUCCUCUCCCAGCCCCGUUGGCCCUAGCCGCCCCUCUGAUGCCCCUCUCCCCAGCCGUGCCCUUCCAGGACCAGGGUGAAGUUUACAGAGCCAGGUCCGUGCCCUUCCAGGACCAGGGUGAAGCUUACACAGCCAGGUCCAUGCCCUUCCAGGACCAGGGUGAAGCUUACACAGCCAGGUCCGUGCCCUUCCAGGACCAGGGUGAAGUUUACACAGCCAGGUCCGUGCCCUUCCAGGACCAGGGUAAAGCUUACACAGCCAGGUCCGUGCCCUUCCAGGACCAGGGUAAAGCUUACACAGCCAGGUCCGUGCCCUUCCAGGACCAGGGUAAAGCUUACACAGCCCGGUCCAUGCCCUUCCAGGACCAGGGUGAAGGAUACACGCCCAGCUCCAGCUACGUGUCCUACAUGGAGACGCUGCUCAAUACACACUUCCCCCCUCAGGAAGAUGGCCCCGGGCCCCUGUUUUAAUGAGACGCCACCACUCUGCCGUGAUAGCUAGGCUAACAGGAGCUAAGCUAAUGCUAGGAAAGAUAAUGUAAUCUAUGCUAAAGGAGGCUAAGUGAUAGACAGUAGCAUCUGUUACAGAAUGCAGAUAAAGCACUCCUCAGUUGCAUGUCUUUUUUUUUUUUUUUUAAGGGUGGGUGGGGUGUGGGAGGGGUUCUCACUGCUGUGGUGUGGUUAUGGGCUGUUCCUAGAACUGCAGCUGAAGAGGAGGCGUCUUUGUGGUGUGGUUAUGGGCUGUUCCUAGAACUGCAGGUGAAGAGGAGGCUUCUUUUCCACUUCUUACCUCUUUCUAUCCAUUUAUUUACCCGCUUUUACAGAACGGUGACGUCAGCUUUUUUUUGUGUUCAUCUAUGAAACCAGCAACAACUAUUUUUUAAUAGAAGCUUUACCAACUGCUUACAAUGGAACAGAACAGCAUAUGGACAGAAUAUUUGUGUACAGUUUCAAUAAUGUAUUUUUGUUUGUGCGAGGUCCUGGGGAAAGGGUGGAGAUGUAUUACAGGGGGGUUGACAAGUAUUUAAAUGUCUUAUUCAUAUAUUGAUAUAAAAUCCUUGUACAAAGAUAAAACAUUUUGUUGGGGGGGAAUGCAACCAUGGUAGUUACACUUUAUUGUAAUCUUGUCUGCAGAACCAUUGAAUUUUGUGAAGAUGUGUUGCAGUGGUUCUGAAUGUGUCCCUGUAUCGAACAAACCCAAAAACCAUCAUGUUCACAUUGCUCACGUUUUCCAACUCCAGAACUUCUCUGGGCUUUGUUUUGUAGCAUUCUUCCUAAAAAUCAAUGUUACUAUUCGACGUUGUCUGUUCGUAUGACUAUUCUUUCUAUGUUUAUUUUGUGAAUAUAUUAACCUCACGAGGUGAUCCGAGUAAAUGCUUUGGUUAUGAAAUGAUGAUCCUUUUGAGAUUUUAGAGAGAGGUAAAUUGAAUUUCUACUCCAGUAAACAAGACCUGCAUUUUCAAAUGGUAUGUUAACUAUCUUUAUAGAGGUGCUAUCCUGUAUGACUGGGGAAGCAUGCUUCUCAUACCCACAGUCACAUUAUACAUAGUGCAAGCCUUUGUGUGUGAAUCAAAUCUGUUAAUGUCAUACUAGCCAUGUAAUUGAACUGUUAUUACAAUAGAAUGUCAUGACAGAUCAAUGUUCCUAUGUGGAAACCUACUGUGAAGAGGCUUUAUUUCAUAGGAAUUAAACUGAGUUGUUAUAGCCA